AUGUGUAAAGAUGAAGAUAAAAUUUCUAAAGCAUGCUAUUGGCCUAAUGAGAUAUACGAGCCAUGUUUCGGUGGCUGUGCGGAGAUUUCUUGUGAUAAUCCUCGUAAUCACCUCCGACCCUGCUACCCUUACUGCGAGCCUGGCUGCGUGUGCGAGGAGCCUUACGUUCGCGACGACCGCACGCAUCAAUGCGUUCUACCUCAAGAUUGCUCGCCAACUCAAAUGGGUAUUCCAGUUCCAAACAGGAGAUCCGGGAUUUCGAAGAACGUGUUGAAAUCUUCUAAUAGACACCGAGGUCACGUUAAACGGGAAGAAGACAUCGAAUUAAAUGAUAAUAAUGCACCUUAUCACGCAGACGAGAUGCAACGAGAGGAAGUUUCCAGAAUGGGAAAUUAUUUUAACAUUGUCAUCGCGCCACCACCCAUCAAAGCAAUUCGACCGAGAAAAACAUAUAAUGAAGUUAAAGAAAUACCUGUAAAAACUGCU